AUCCAGACUCUGUGAUCGUUGUGUCCAGAGUCAUGUUAUGUUCUUGUGCCUCUUGAUCUUUUCGAAAGAUGUGGCGGUGGCCGAUGAAAUGGCUGUUGACCCUGACAUUCCUCUUUCUCAAUGCCGUGGCAUACUCACCACUGUCCGAUGAUACCAUACUGAAUCGACUUCCUCGGCCGGAUACCGCUGACUUUGAUAUACGGACCGGAAACCUACUGGCACCCAUCUUGAUCCCUCGAGUCCCGGGUACAGCAGGGUCUAGACAGGUGUUGCAACAUUUCGUGGAUUUCUUCCGCAAUUCCCUGCCUGACUGGACUUUGACUUUCCAGAAUUCAACAUCCAAGACUCCUACACAUGGAGACAACGAGGUUCCUUUUGUCAACCUGAUUGCGACAAGAGAUCCACCAUGGUCAGAACCAGGCAACGUCGGCAGGCUGACCUUGGUGGCACAUUAUGACUCUAAGUACAAGCCCGAUGGAUUCAUUGGCGCGACCGAUUCUGCUGCGCCAUGUGCCAUGCUCAUGCAUGCAGUCCGAGCGAUCGAUGCCGCCCUGACAAAGAAGUGGGAGUCAGUUCAAGCACAAGAUGACAUAGAUCUCGAUUUUGAGGAGGACAAGGGCAUUCAAGUCCUGUUUCUUGACGGUGAAGAAGCUUUCCACAGUUGGACUGCCACCGAUAGUAUCUACGGCGCUAGAUCGCUUGCUGAAGAGUGGGAACAUACGAUGCACCCAGCCACGAGCAUUUACAAGAACUACUUGGACUCAAUCGACCUGUUUGUGUUGCUUGAUCUUCUCGGCUCCCCAGAGGAUCUUCCCAUUCCGUCAUGGCAACAUUCUUCUCACUGGUCGUACGUGAAAAUGGCAGACGCGGAGGAGAGGCUGCGCAAGCUCGGAUUGUUCAAAAGCGAUUCGAAAAGAACGUGGCUUGCAGACAAGGACAAGAAAGAGACCGACGUAUUCAACAGUUACAUCAUGCAAGACGACCAUAUUCCCUUCAUCGCCAGAGGAGUCCAUGUCUUGCAUCUCAUUCCUGCUCGUUUCCCAUCCGUCUGGCAUACUAUGAGAGAUGACGCCGAACAUCUCGAUGUCAACGUGGUUGAGGAUUGGGCACUUCUUACCGCUGCUUUCGCUGCCGAAUAUAUGGAACUGGAAGGCUAUUUCGAGGCACCCAAAAAGGUCAAAAGGAACGAGAACAUUAUAAGCAAGACUGAAUUAUGACAACGACAGCGCUGAGCUGUUGUUCUCACGACAGGCUUCGAAAGAGCUGAAACUCCAACUCCUGUGGGUUGCAUUUGUGGGCUACAAGAGGAUCAUAUCCACGAUUUCUCACAUCGCUCAUCUGCGUUGAAUUGACCGACAUUCGCCAUACGCCCUUGGAGGGUAUGUGGCUUUGUGGUAUAUCGCGAAAUCCCUUCUGCCCGGACCUCGCCGACGCGCACUGACGAUCAAGCCAUAUCUGAGUCUCACUGGUCUUUGGUCAGACGCAGGCAGAUGAGCGCCGUACGGGCUCAUCAAGGCAGGCUGCUAGCAAACGAGCGCACUGUGCAGGAAGUGACUGUGAUGAUGCCACAGAGCAGACCCAUGCCGGUCCAGGAAUCCAACUAUACCUAGGGCCUUCUCGGCGAGCAAAUUUGGGCGCUUAACGCGCCCAGAGAUUUGUUUUUUUCUCUCCUGGGCGAUAGCCAUCGGCGACAUUUGCGCCCAACGAGGGGCAUGGCGGUUUGUGCACCAGGGCCCCUGUUUAGUCCGUCGACGGCGUAAAAUAGAGUGCAAGCUAUGCUUGAAAUGGGAUGGCUCGCAUAAAAUCGUAUAAGCGUAUCGCUCAAGGAU